AUGAGCUCGCAGCGCUAUUCACGGGUAAACGCCCAAGAUGAAGAGGAAGGACCACAUUCCUAUCCGUUGAACACGCGACCUGAACAUAACAACUCUUCACCUUCUUUCCGUUCCGGAUCCCGCUCGUCGUCACCAUCAUCGAGGCGGCUAUUACACAACGAUCCGCAACAUAACGAUGACGACCAGACACUGGCCGAUGCCUUUGGCGACGAAGACGAGUCCGACGACGACCAUGAGCCAGAUGACAGGCAGCGCUUGAUGCGAGCCGACCCCGACUUCCGGGCUCCCCCGGAUAACGGCCAUACCACCGCAGCGUCCUCAUCGGAGUCGAUGGGCGCUGCACAGGAUCAGACUCAUUCAGGGCUUCUCAGGCGGCCAACGAUGUUACCAACUUUCACGACACCAUCUUCUGGAGCGAGUCGGCAGAUCGCCUCAUCGAAUGAUGGAGUCUUUGCCAAUCUUGCCGCCAAGCCAGAACGGGGUGAGAAGAACGAGGAUCUUCCUCCUUCAUACGAAGAAGCCGCCGCUGAUGCGACACCGCCAUACUGGGAGACCACCAUUGUGGCUCCUGGUAUCUCGUCCGACGAGGUCUAUGUCGAUGGACUGCCCGUUGGAUCUGUCUUCUCAUUUGUCUGGAACGCCAUGAUCUCAAUGUCAUUCCAGCUUGUUGGUUUCUUGCUGACCUAUCUCCUUCACACCACCCACGCCGCAAAGAACGGCAGCCGAGCGGGUCUCGGUCUUACUCUUGUUCAAUACGGCUUCUAUAUGAAAGGUGGCAGUGACAGCUCGGGCUCUGAGGGCGGAGGCACAGAGUAUGUUCCUCCACCUGACCCCAACAGCCACAACUUCGACCCGAACACGGUUGGUGAAAGCGGGGGCAGUGGAGGGAACGGCGCCAUAUCUGGGAUCAGCACCAGUGAAUGGAUUUCAUAUAUUCUAAUGAUUGUUGGUUGGUUCAUUCUGAUCCGUGCGGUCAGUGACUUCCUGCGGGCACGACGUCAUGAACAGCUUGUGUUGCAGAGUCCAGAUCGUGGUCUGGGUGUACCAGUCAUUGCGGAAGGUGAACGGUCCGAGACUGUUGUCUAA